AUGGCGCGACGUGAAGCACUGUGGCAGCGUGAGAGAGAUGCAAUUAGUCACCAAAUACAGGAGGCAAAUUCGAGCCAGGUUAUUGUUAUUGAUAGUGACCGAGGUAGUUCAGAAAGCGAUAAUCCAAUCAAUGAAGGGGCCGAGGAACACAAUGAAAACGAUCCUACGAAAGAAGGAGAUUACGACGAUAUAUGGCAGCAAGAGGCUCGUGAAACUGAGAUCCAGUCAGAGUCAGCGUCAUUCAUCGAACUUAGUCGGGAGGAACUUAUCAAGCCCCCGCGGAGGGUUCUUCCCAGCCCGUGGAAACGCAACGGAGACGUUGUUAAUCUCAGCCAAGACGAAGAAGGAACUCCUGGGCCUGGUCCAUACUGGACAACUCGCACCAAUGGAUAUCCUAUAUUACCCAGCGGGAAAAGCCAAACCGCAAGAUUCAGAGAACAAAAUGUUGAAAGUUCAUCAUUACUGGGCUCUCCAGAAAGCGCCACAAGGAGAUUUUAUCUGGUGAAUAAUGUUUCCUCUGAAGGCAAAUCCAACCCGUCUGAACAGCUUGAGGACCUGCAACUUACGCCUAAAAUACCCUCGAGUCCUACCUUCGUUGCUUCCUACAGGCGAGAUGAGACUUCCCACACUGAUGACCAAACCUCUGACGCUAAUGCUAUCCAUCAUCCAUGGGCUCCUUCACCUGAAAGCAGCAAAAUUGAUAUAGGCCACACGAGUCCAGAUAAUGUCGACGUAUAUUCCGAGACUCCAGUGGAGGAUGGCCAUUUGUAUCCGGAAUUGCCCUCUAAUUCGGUUUAUUCGUCAAGAAACAAUCCAGUUGAUGAAGAGCAAAUAACUUCCAAAUCAGAAUCACAAAACUCGACCCCUCGAGCCCGCAAAGAUGACCAGCGUGAUCGGGAACCGUAUACUCCCACCGGAGCACAGCAGGAGCGUCGUCCGUUAUCUUGGUUCAACAAGUUGACAGACCUUGCUCCAUCGUGGCUUACCACUCCAGUCUCUCGAAAGGUUGAAAGAAGUCAACCAGAAGCAGUCAGCAAAUCUGCGUUCGCUGUAUCCCCGAACCGUAGUCUUUCAAUCCAGAGCGCGUCUGUUCAAGGGUCUCCUACUCAAAAUCAUUUAGUUUCAAGUCCACCAACUCAGCCUCCUCCAAUUGACAGUUCUCCGAUUCAGGAAUUGCCAGUACAGGAACCAAUUGCUGAAGAUGGCCAUUUACAAGUACCACCAACAGAGUCUCGAGCGGAAGGCUCUCCCGCCCAUCAAUACCUUCAUAAAUCCAGCAACCAGAUGACAGUUGACGCCGGAACCCAAUUCUCCUCUCCAUUAAUACCGAAGCCAAAACCUCGAAUUAGAGGUCAACAAAGACAACCGCACGCGCAACACAAGGCAUUGCCAAUCUCAGGCUAUUUCACAGAUGACCAUUAUGCCGCACUGCGCCAUCUAUACCACAAGGCAAAACGAUCCCCGGGUUCCUUCCGCUAUAUCGAGACUCUAGGCCGAAAAAAAUUGUUAGGUCAGCGUAUAUAUUCCGCUGAUGGCGUAUACAGCCGUCGGAUUACAGAAAUGCAAAUUGCCAUUGUGGAUAAAUUCAGACGGAAUUUGUCUGUUGACAGUAGGAAACGCGGUGGAACUGGGAAGGUGGAAUGGAGUGAAGCAGAGCUUUUGAGGAGAUUGUUCAGCAUAAUUAUUUCAGUCAUUGGUGCCUCAGGAUGGUUGGACUUCAAGCAUUUGGUGUUGCAGGCCUUCCCUUUUUUCGACACAUUUUAA